GUGGAGAAAACAUAUCAUAAAUUAUCGGUCAAUUGACAAUGAUGACCAAAAUCAACAACAACAACAACAACAACAUGAAAAUGAUGAAAAUCGAGCUUUAAAUAAAAUUGAAAAAUUAUCAUCAUUAAAUUAUUAUGAAUAUUAUAAUUAUUAUUAUUUUCUUAUUAAAAAUUGCAUUCAUUUAUUUAUAAAAUCAAUGCAUCAUCAUGCAACCAGUGGUCAUCAUCAUGAUUUACAAGAAAAAUUACGGUUUAAAAAUAAUGAAAUAUAUGAUAAUGAUAAUAAUGAUGGUAAUUCAAGUGAUUCAAUUAGUUCAUCAUUAGUAACAACAAAUAACAUUACCAAAACAACAACAGCAAAUAUCCAUCAUUCGAAUCCACAUCCGCCGCAACGCCGUUAUCAACAACAACAACAACAAAAUAAUCAUUAUUAUAUGGCCAAAUUUGUGAUCAUUUGGAUGAUGAUGAUUCUAAUGAUUAUCAAUAGAUUUGAUGUUUGUGAUGCCAAAGUAAAAAUACAUCAAAUCAAAGUGCCCAAAUAUAUUGAAAAUGGUACACAUGAUUCAAUUGUACUUGAUUGUGAAUAUACACUAGAUCCGAAUGAAGAUCCCGGAUUAGUUGUAAAAUGGUUUUUUCGUGAAGAUCCUGAACCAAUUUAUCAAUGGAUUUAUGAAUUAGAUUCACGUCAUGUACCGCAACGCUAUCAAGGAUGGAUUAAUCCAAAUUAUCGUAUGCCAAAUUUAACUGAACCAUGGCAACAAUAUCGUUCAUUGAAUUUAAUCAAACCAACAGUUGAAAUGACUGGACGUUAUUCAUGUCAUGUGAUUGCAUUAACAAGUGAAGCACAUGAUGCUGAUACAAUGAUUGUUUAUGCAAAAACAAAAUCCAUCAAUCUGGUUACAAGACGUGUAACUAGACAACGAAAUUAUUCAAAUAAAUUUAAAUCAAAUAAUAAUCAAUAUUAUAAUGGUGAUAAUCAUAAUCAUAAUGGACCAUCAUUGCCUGCUGGCUGGUCAAUUUAUCAUCAUAACCAGAAUCAGAAUCAGGCAGGAAAUUAUACAAAUAAUGAAAGAAUUUCGGCUCAAGGAUUCAUACCACCAACAUUAUCGACAACAACAACGAAUAUAAUCAACAUAAGAACAUCCAAUAAUAAUAAUAAUAUACAAUCGGAUCGUCAACAACAAUCGGAUCAUUCAUUAAAUCAUCAAUAUCAACAUCAACAUCAAAGACAACAUCAACGUCCAUUUGACAAUAGUGGUGGUUCUGCAGCUGCUACUGCUGGACUAUCAUCAUCAUCACGUUUAUUUGAUUCAUCAAAACGGCCUUUAUCAAUAAAUACCAGACAUCGAUUGCAGCAACAACAACAAGAAUCUAAAGAUUCAGCAAUAUCCCGAGGUGUUAAUCAUAAUGAUCAACAACAACAGCAAAAUUUAGUUACAGUAACCGAAAUUGAAUGUACAGUUGAAAAUGUAUAUCCAUUACCUGAGCUUACUAUUUAUCAAGUAUUAGGUGGUAAUAAUAAUAAUAAUGGUGGUAUCGGUGGUAGUAUUGGUGAUGGACAUCGUCCACGUUCAUUAGAACGUGCACGUGUACAGCAAAAUUCAACACAAUUAUCAAAUGGAGCUUUUCGUGUAUCAAUGAUUCUAUCAAUUGAUGAUGAAGAUUUAUUAAUGUUAUCAACAUCUAAUACCGAUAAUAAUAAUAACCAUAAUAAUAAUAAUGAUCGUUUACCAAUGGCACAGCCAAUGUCAUCUAAUGAUGGACAUUCAUAUCAUUCAUAUUAUCAUCCACAACAACAACAACAACAGCAAUCCAGAAUGAAUGUACCAUCAUCAUCGGCAACAACAACGACUUCGACGACAACAACAACGAUAAUGGCAAAACCAACAAUGUUUGAAUGUUUAGUUGCUCAAGAUGAAUUAAAACAUGAGCUAAGAAAAAGUACAAUAUUUGUACCAAAUAUAGCUCAAUCAUGGUUAGAAACAGGUGAAAAUAAUUCUGCAAUCAUUUUAAAUAAUGGUCAUCAUCAUCAUUAUCUAUUACUAUUAUUAUUAAUGGCCAUAUUUUUCAACAUCAAUACAUAAUCGCGCCGCCCUUUUCAUAAUCUCAAUCUCCUUCGUUCAAUUUUUCUUAUUCAAUUGUUUUACAUAUUUACUAUUUACAUUUUGUUUUGUAUAAUCCACAAUAUAACACAUUGGAAAAACAAAGAAAAAACUGUCCGAAAAUCAUUUUGUAAAUAUUAAG